AUGCCGGAUGACCUGGUACUCGUGCGCAAAACCCUCCAGUCACAGCCGGAAACGGUUAUCGCCGGGCGUAACGAGACUAUUCAGCAGGACAACCCUGGGCCUCAAACCGAAGGAAAGGCGGUAGAUUCCUCCGAUUGCGACCUGUUUUUAGAUAAUAAUGUUGACAAGUAUUCGCUUAUCUUGAGAGGUGGUGACUUGGCAGCAAAGCCCGCAGAGGAGCCAGCAGCAAAGCCAGCGGAGGAGCCAGCGGCAAAGCCUGCAGAAAGACCCCAGAAUCCGAGUACACAGUCCCGGUUCACCAUGAGUGUUGAGGGCAACACGCUGCGUAAUGGCAGCAUGCUCAUUGUGGGGCCUGGGGCUGAUCUCAAGAGCGUCCUGGAGGCUCGGAUAGAAAUGGCAAAGUUGAGGAAGGAAGAGAUGGCCAGAAAGUGA